CUGGUCGAUCAGCUGUCAGUGCUUCAAACGAGGAGAAAGAUUCUACUGGACUCCGAUUUGUAGGGCUGUGCAUCUUGUCUGCCGGACCGGUCGUUUUGGUUCCUGAUUCGGAGUUGCCUACGUGACAGUAUCCAGCCAUCUCCUCCAGAUGCUAUCCCCUCCUUGCAAUCAGUACCUUCCGUCACCCUUUUCCAGAGGAGCGUUCCAUGGCGGAGCAUCUCCCUCCAGGCCUGCUGGAAGCCUGUGUGGUGGUGGGAGCCUCCAGUGAAAAACUCAACGAGGUCUACGAGUGUGCCCAGCAGGGAUGUGGUCUGGCCGACAUCCUGUUGGACCCUGAGGUGCUUCACGUGCACGUGCCUCCCUUCGUAAGCAAAGAUCAUGCUGGGAACCCCCAGGGCUACAGGGCCCUCAGCAGAGCAGUCCAGAAACGGCGCUCUUUCAUCAAGAAAAAGAAGGAGAGGCCUGCAGCGCCUCCCAGUGACCCUGGAGCAGGAGGGGAAGCUGAAGGAAGAGAAGAGGGAGGAGGAGGGCUCACUGAGGACGUCAGUGUCCCCAAAGAUAUAGACCUCAUGGCUCUGCCUCAGCUCUGCUUUCCAGGUGGGCUUCAAGUAACCAAUGAGCAGAGAGAGGAGCGAUUUCACUUCCUGGUCUUCACUGAUGUCUUUGGGAACCAGACCCAUGGCAUAGUUGCCCAGUGUAGCAGACCCUUUCAGAAGGGGACAAGCUUCCACCAGAACGGACAGUUGCCUUCUGCGAAGCCAGAGAAGCUCUUCACCAGCUACGCCGUCUGUGUCAUCUCCAAACACCGCUACUACACCGCUCUGAGGGACUGCCUGUCAUGUUUGCUGUUGCAGUUGCGGACUUGCCGGAUGUCGGACUUCGAGGAGCGGGUGAAAGAGUUUGCUGCCAAGCUGGCGUUGGUGCCCAUCCCUCCACCUGGACAGCUCCAUGUGAUGUUCAGCCUGCGACCCCUCACCAUCGUGCUGCCUUCCAGGGAGGACAAGGAGCACCCUGUGGUGGAUCUGGACCUGCACCUGCCCCUGCUCUGCUUCAGGUCCACACAGCUGCUACAGAUCAUCGGCAGCAUCCUGACAGAGCAGAGGCUGGUGUUCUUCUCCUCCGACUGGUCCCGCCUCACCCUGAUGGCGGAGUGCUUCAUUCUCUACAUCCACCCUCUCAGCUGGCAGCACCCCUACGUGCCCGUUCUCUCCAGGCAGAUGCUGGACUUUGUGAUGGCACCCACGGCUUUCCUCAUGGGGUGCCAUCUCAGCCACUACGACGAGGUGGCCUCCGAGACAGAUGACCUGAUCCUAAUCAACAUCGACAAUGGGACAGUGUCUUCAUCCUGCUCAGAGAUCGUGGAUGUGCCGGCUGUUCCUCUGGCUGCCAAACAGUGUUUCAUACAGAGGAGGGAGAGCCUGCAGCUCCACUACGACCUGCAGACGUGCCACCAGGCCAGCAGCCCGGACCUCAACGAGCUUCGUGCCCAGAGGAGGCAGUGGCAGCACAGCCUGAACGGGGAGGUCCAGAGGCUCACCCUGGAGCUCAUCGUCAACAUCUUCAGGGACGUAAGUGGUCAUCUCAACUUUGAGCAUAGAGUCUUCAACAGUCAAGAGUUCCUUAAGACCAGAGAGCCUGCAGACCAGCCCUUUUACAAAAAGGUCCUGGAGACGCACAUCUUUCACUCCUUCCUGAAGGACAGACUCAACAGGAAGAUGGACGCGUUCACUCGCAUGGAGCUCAGCACGAGGUCAGAAACACAGAGAAUGCAGGCGAUGAUAGAUAACCCCCGGAGACCCACCAUGCGGGAGAUCCAGGCCAGGAAGAACAGCACCGGCUCCGAGCCCCCUCGCCUUAACAGGCGCCUGGGCAUGAGCCUGCCCAACCUGGGGGAGGAGAGGUCGAUCGCCUACUUUCGACAGACCUCUCUCUCUAUACCUGAGACCGUUGAGAGAGGCUCGAUACACACACACACAGACCAAAAGAUCCCAUCCAAGCCCAUCAAGCUGUUCAAGCUGCCAGACUUCCCUCCCCCCCUGGUCUACCACUACGUCCAGAACUACUACAGUGAGUUGAUCCUGCUGCUGGGCAAGGCCAUCUUCUGUGUCCCCCCGGAGAACUCAACCCUGCUCGCCCGCCUCCUCUACCUGAGGGGCUUCAUCAACACCCUCUGCUCCCGAUACCUGGACGCCCUCAGCGACUUUCAAAACCUCUACACGACGGAUGUGGAGAUCUUCCCCUCCCAGCUGGUAAGGUGUCUGGUGGACUCUCUGCAGAAGGACGAGCACUCCCUGGCCAACCGGAGACCUGAGCUCAAGCGCUUAAUCUGCCGAGUCAAGAAGGACCAGGAGGAGGUGGCCGACCAGCCUGACGACAACGUCACCAAGUUUGAGCUGCCGAGGAGCCACAUGCCGAGGGAGGAGUUUGUGAAGCGCGUCCAAGAGUCCGGUAUAGUCAGGGAUGUGGCGACUAUACAUCGCCUGUUCAACGCCCUCCUGCUUGAAUCGGGUAAAACUGACUUGGGUUCAGAGGCUGCUUCCACGGAUGCUUCCAAGUCAGUGUUCUACUUUGACUUGACUGGUCAGGAUCAACAGAAGCAGGUAGACCCCGAGGUAUUCCGGGUGUUCUACACCUUCUGGAAGGAGGCCGAGUCCCAGGCACAGGAUGUGAACCUGCCCGCCGCGGUCAUCGAGCACCUGGACAACAAUGAGAGCGUAUACAAGCUGUCGUCCUCCGUCAAGACCAGCAGCGGCGUGGGCAAGAUCGCUAUGACCCAGAAAAGACUGUUCCUGCUUACUGAGGGACGGCCAGGCUUCCUGGAGAUCACCAAGUUCAGGGACAUUGAGGAGGUGAAGAUCUCGUCUGCCCCGAUCCUGCUGCUGAGAGUCCCGUCGCUGAAGAUCCGGAGCAGCCAGCGGAGGGAGGUGUUUGAGACCAACCUGAAGGCCGAGUGCGACCUCUGGAAUCUCAUGGUCAAGGAAAUGUGGGCCGGCAGAAGGAUGGCAGAUGAUCACAAGGACCCCCAGUACAUGCAGCAGGCCCUGACCAACGUGCUUCUGAUGGACGCAGUGGCGGGCUGUCUGUCGAGCCAGAAGGCCAUCGAGGCAGCUUCCAAGCUGGCCUACUUUGACAAGGUCAAACACGAAGUUCCCAUGAUGGUGCCAAAGACAACAUUGGAGACAUUGAAACACAAGAUCUACCCUUCUUCAGAACUGGCAGCUCCACAGACUGUACAUGUCAUGCUCUAUACACCAGGCCACCUAAGUUACAGUGAGGCGGAUAGGCACGGCAACCCCAAACUGUGGUGCGCCCUCAGCGGGGGGCGGGUGGUGGUGUUUGACGCUGCCAGUUGGUCCAUGCAGCAGAACUGCAUUCAGGUCGGGUUGUCACAACUGAACUGCAUGCUGGGAUUGGACCAGGAUCAAGUGUGGAUUGGCUCCCAGGAUUCGGUCAUCUACAUCAUCGACACAAGGAGCAUGUCAUGCAACAAACAGCUGACUGAGCACCGCCAUGAGGUCACAGCCUUUACACUGGAUGACAGCACUGACAAGACAAGCCAAACACAGAUAUACUCUUGCAGUGUGGACGGAACGGUUAUUUUGUGGGAUGCCUCGACUCUGAAAGUGAAGACGCAGUUUCAGGUCAGCUGUGAAAGACUCACUUCAAUACAACUCUACAAUGGAACUCUAUGGUGUUGCUCUAGCAAUGGCAUCAUGGAACUUGGAAGGAAUGGAACACCACAGCGCAAGAUGUCCCUCCCUGAUAACCUUCGAGUCAUUCUCCCUACGUUCAGCAGCUUCAUCCUCUUCCCAGAGAAGGACCAGUUGUGGACAAGCAGCUGUGACUCAGGAGAGCUUUUCCUGUGGCACUCCAAAGAUCUGACCAAACCAUUCAAGAGGAUGCAGAUGCAGGACUGUGCUGGGGUGAACUGUAUGAUUAAGGUCAAGAACCAGAUUUGGGUGGGCUGUCAGGACGGUGGUUGCAAGGAUCGGGACCAUUCCCAAUCCCGGGACCAGGCCCAGAAUACAGUUAGGGGGAAGAUCUACGUGUUAGACACAGAGAAGCACACAGUGGAGAAAGAACUGCUGGCUCACACAGAUCACGUCCAAUCACUGUGCUCCGCCGAGGACCGCUACGUUCUCAGUGGCUCGGGCCACCUCGACGGCAAGAUCGCCAUCUGGAAGGUGGAGUAAACGAGGACGGACCUGGUUUAAAGAUCCGGGAGCUAAAUCAAGCUCACCGCAAGUUAUUUUUGGUUUGGGGGCAUGUCCUAGGUGACAUAUUGUAGAGGAGCUCUUGCGUAUUCAAAGCAACUCCACAAAUAAUGGAAGUGUAAAGUAUACAGUGCAGUGAUACUCGGAUAAACAUUUUGAGAGUUUAGAGAGGAGACCCAAAGGAACUACUGACUGUUAACAUGACAAACAUGACUGUUAACAAAUUGAGAGAGAGAGACACACAGAGAGAGAGAAAGAGAGAGAAGCACAUGGAAAAAAGACCAUGAAGUACUAUUGUUUCUCCUUAUCUUUAAUACAGUGGAGGGAGAGUCUCAGGGAGUUCGAGUCAAAUUACAGAAAACCAUGUCCACUCCACAGAAUUAGUUUCUAUUUCACUGUCCAGUCAACAGUUUGCUCUAUAUGUAUUUGUAUAACACUACAUUGAAACAUUUCUACUUUAGUCCAGUUCUCCUGGUACCAUUUUCUAGUAUGUCAUAUACUGUAAUAUAGUGAGAUCAGUGUACUUCAACACUGUACUAACCUUGUUGUUCUUCAGCAUUAUCUUUUCACAAAUGGGAAAUGUCAUUGUUUUAUUGUAUUUGCUGUCAUUAAAUGAAUUCAUCCUCUUA